AUUCUCAAUAAACAAAAAAUCUCAGCUAUAAAAUGAAACUCAAAUCAGUUAAUUGUUGAUAAAAAUACCUCUGAUUCCCAACUUUACUUUCAUAAUUAUUGGCACAUAAAAAGUAUAAAACCCAAACAUGGGACCAAAAAAAGGCGGCAAAGACAAGGCCGGUGCGGCGGCGGCGGCCAAGGCAAUGAUGGCAGGUCCUCCCCCCAAGCCGAAGAAGAUUCCACCACCCCCCGCCUGCUUCACGCCCGAGGAUAUCGCGAAGUAUAAGGAAUGUUUUAAGACACAUGAUGAAGAUAAUACAGAAAAGAUACCACUAAAACUCAUCCCUCUAAUGUUACGUAAACUGGGAUUCAACCCCAAACCCGAAGAAGUGAAAGAGAUGUUCCGUCUAUUCCUCGAAGACGAUCUGGUGGACACCGUGGAACUCCAUGAGUGGUACUUCAUGAUUGAGGCCAAGCUCAAGUGGGGGGAUGAUAUAGAGCUGGUGGUUACUAAAGCUAUGCAGACUUUGGGACAGGAUGAGACAGAAACAGGCUUUGUUGACCUCGAGCUUCUCAAAACCGAGCUGUUCACUUGGGGCGAGCCGUUAGUGGAAGAAGAGUUCGUGGACUGGGUCAAACUGGCCAUGAAAGACAAAACCUUCGACAUGGUGACUGGCCGGUUCAACUAUGUCAAGUUUAUUGAGAAUAUGAACGCUAAGGACGAGAGAGCGACGAAGGAACCAAUAAACUUCUUCAAGUUGGACCAGAAGACGUUGGCAGCCAUGGCGAUAAAGAAGGCUCAAGAAGAGAAGGAGGAACAGGAAAAGAAGGAUGCUGAGAAGAGAGCGAAAGAAGAGGCUAAGAGGCAGAAGAUGAUAGCAGAUGGGUUGAUACCACCCGAUUAGAUUAUCCCAAUUUUGGUAACUAUUAAAGUACAUAUUUAUGUUCUAAAUAAAAAAAAUCAGAAAAAAAGAAAAACACGUGUAUUGAAAUAAACA